AUGAACGACUACAAAAUCGCCUGCUGCGAUACUAUAGCCAUACUGUGCGUAGACAAGAUUGGAAGGUCCGCUUUCCUGAAGGCUCCUGGACCGCGCAAAUUAUACAAUUUAUUGGUCGACGUCAAAUCGAUCCCAGUAAGGAAUGCAGCCGUACAAUUGAUACAAUCGUUAUGCGCGGAUCCGAGUCUAGCGGACGCUUUCGUUCAAGCCAGAUAUUUAAACUUCAUGGUGAACAACCGCACGACCGCGAUAGGCGUGCCCACGUGGGACACGUGCAUAGAGGCGCUCUUCGACUCGCACCUGCCAAUCAAGUUUGCUUUCACUGGACGACUUUCUCUGCACGAUGUCACCCAAAACGGAUUUUACGUUCUUCAUCCCGUUCAGAUGAGCAUAGAAGACCUUACCCGUACAGGAAUAUUCAUGUCCAGCGAAUUGCAAAAUCUAGUGAUGGACUCGAAAUUCGGUCGUCUCCAAUGCGACUCUUGCCUCUACGAUUACGUAGAGUUAUUCAAGUGCAAACUCGUCGCGGCAGAGUCUAAAUGCGUAACAUCAAAGGUAAGACAGGGAUUGGCGAACGUAAAUUACGUGGCUUCGCGCGCCAAGAUGUUAGCAAAGUUCGUCGCGAGGAAAAUGUCGGGACCUGACCCCCUGAUCGGAUGCGUGGAUCAUCAGCUGGAAAUCCACUUGAAGGAAAUCAAAGCCACCAUAGAGACGAGCAUCAUACCAUUGGGGAUGCUCAGGGUCGGUUCUUACCUAGAAAGAGCCUUGCUUUUCAAAGUGAUAGCUGACAGAAUACAUCUACCAGCUGCUCUGGUGCGAGGAGAGUACGGGAAAACUUGGGUCGAAGUAGCGGUUCCACAGGUGGAAGGACCAGUCGAAGAAACUUCGUUUAAACCUUAUCUCGACAGGGACACCUCUUGUCCAGAAUUUGUAACAUUACAAACUAUACCACCGUAUUCAUGCAAGGAUUCUGAUAAAGACGCAGUUUCGAUCGAUAACCGUCAAACUGUUUUCCCGACGAAGCUGAUGAAGCCUAAUUUCAUCGUCGAUCUAAUGGACUCGCCUGGAGAUCUAAUCCCAAUUAACUGUCACCGAGCUAGGUUUUAUUACGAAACGCAACGGGUCUGCGACAAACUAUGUCGCGAUUGA